AGCGCCGCUCAGUCGGUGGGCAGCCGCCGGACGCGCCACACGCCUGUCGCUACCGCGCUGAACCCUGGCAUGCCACGCGAGUCGCGAUGUCACUUCCAACGCGUGAAUAUUUAUGAUGCGAUCGACCAAUUCGCUCCCUCAUAAAUGGCACUGCCGACCUCGAUGCCUCACCGCAGCUCGUAUUUGACCGUAAAAUGCUAAUAAAACAAACUGUCGUGAAAAGACUCGAGAACCGAACUUUUAAUCGAAUCAUAGUGUACGUGUUGUUCUACUGUCAUGCCAUCGAGAGGAACUCCGCGGCCGAAAUGCCGCACGAGUGCGCGUACCGCAGCCUCGAAGCGGAAACGUCGGAGAACGCGGUACUUUUCUGCAAGAUCCGAACCAUAAGCAGUUUGGACCACCUGUUACAAAAUAUCAGUAGGACACAUUUCGACGACGUGAUAUCGUUACACGUCCAGUGCAGUGAAAUUUUGUUUUUCGAAAGCACAUUGACUGCUCACGCGGAAAAGUCAACGGGAAAACAUACAACUCUUUCAAAGCUAAGAGACCUAGUCGUCGAUAAAUGCAAGAUACGACAGAUACCGGCACGUGCUUUUGAGAAUUUCACCGACUUGAAACGUCUGCACGUGACGACUCACAACAGCGAGUGGUCUGCGAUGACAAUGGAGUUGCACGAACAGGCCUUUGCUGGAUUGAACGAGUUAAUCGAACUCGACCUAAGUGACAACAACAUCUGGAGCACUAAGACGGAGACUUUCUGUCCUCUCUACAGUUUGAAAACUUUGAACCUGACUAAUAAUCACUUGCAAAACAUAAAGACUAUUGGUUUCUCCGAUUCACUGAGAGAGCAAAACCUAAGUGUAAGAAGUUGUAAUUUAGUUAUAGAGGUUCUUGAUAUGUCGUAUAAUGACUUAAUUGUUUUAACCGGCAAUAGUUUGUCAAAGUUACGUUCAUUGUCAAAAUUGUUGCUACAAAACAAUGCAAUAUCUACCCUAGAAGACGGUGCCUUUGAAGGAUUGCUCAGUUUGCAGGUUCUAAAUUUAUCAAGUAACUUUUUGAGUGAUAUUCCUCCUGGACUAUUUUCUGACUCUAAAACCUUGAAUGUUAUUAACUUUAGUAAUAACACUAUAAAUACUCUGCCUCCCGGGCUUUUCGAAGGAUUAGAUCAGUUACAAAUAUUGGAUUUAUCGCAUAAUGAACUUACUAGUCAGUGGAUAAAUAAGGGGACAUUUUUAGGAUUACUUCGUAUGGUUAUACUCAAUCUUUCAUAUAAUAAAAUAAAUAGAAUAGAUCGUCACAUGUUCCAAAAUUUGUAUAGUUUGCAGAAAUUAAAUUUAGAGCAUAAUGAAAUUGCUGCUAUAGACGAGCAUGCAUUCGGAGAGUUGCGAAACUUGCACUCCCUUACACUUUCAAACAAUAAACUUGUACACAUUCAUACACACUUGUUCACAGAUUUACACGUCUUGCACGAAUUGUUCUUAGAUAACAAUAAAAUAAAACACAUCGAGGAGAACGCUUUUGAUAAUAUGACAGCCAUUGAGGAUUUAGGUUUAGGUGACAACUUUUUAUCCGCAAUGCCUUCAUCAAUUCGUAAACUGCGAUCGUUAAAAUCCUUAGAUAUUGGUAACAACAACAUCACACAUCUGAAUCGUGAAAAUUUUAGGGGUUUGUCAGAACUUUUUGGUUUACGUCUAGUUGAUAACAAGGUUACAUAUUUGAAUGAAGAUACUUUUGAGCAUUUACCACAACUUCAGUUACUCAACUUAGCGUCUAAUAAAAUUAAACAUGUGGCACCGGGAUGUUUCAGGAAAAAUGAGAAUUUAAAACUCUUGAGAUUGGAUGAUAACGAAAUAUUAAAAAUUGAUGGAAUUUUUAAUACUCUAAAUAGCUUGGUUUGGCUGAAUAUGUCAGCAAAUAAGUUAACCUUUUUUGACUUCAGAAGUUUCCCUUCAACCCUAGAAUGGCUAGAUCUCCAUAAAAAUAAUAUCGAAAACUUUGUUAAUGACGAUAUGUAUUCAAUUAUAAAUAUUAAAUUGUUAGAUUUAAGUUUUAAUAAUAUAAGUCAAAUAACUGUGACAUCAAUACCAAAAUCUGUUGAGAAACUUUAUUUGAACGACAACAAUAUACAAAACAUUCAAGUUGGUUCGUUUUCUAAGCUACAAAGGCUAUCAACUGUAGCGUUAAAUAACAAUAAACUAGUACAACUCGACAUGAACACGUUUAGGUUAGAUCAAAUAGACGAAGAUAGUGAUUUACCAGAGUUCUUUAUAAGCGGAAACCCAUUUGUUUGUGACUGUUCAAUGGAAUGGAUUCAACGCAUUAAUUAUUUGAGUCACAGUCGACAAUACCCGCGCGUGUUAGAUUUAGAUAAAGCCUUUUGUACGCUGGUCCAUUCGCGGGCCAAAGAAAAAAAGACGAUAAUAGACAUGUCACCUUCCGACUUUCUCUGUCCGUACGAGAGCCAUUGUUUUGCUCUGUGUCAUUGUUGUGACUUUGUUGCAUGUGACUGUGAAAUGAUUUGUCCAAAUAACUGUAGAUGCUAUCACGACAUAACUUGGAAUGCGAACGUUGUAGAUUGUUCGUACGCCGGCUAUACCGAAGUGCCCGAACGAAUUCCAAUGGACGCUACCGAAAUAUAUUUAGAUGGAAAUCACAUCAGCCAUCUGGGAAAUCACGUGUUUAUAGGCAAAAAGAAACUCCAAGUUUUAUACUUGAACAACACAAAGUUGAAAGAAGUGAAUAAUCAAACUUUUAAAGGUGUUGAUUCUCUCAGAGUUUUGCAUUUGGAAAAUAAUAAGUUAGUAGAGUUAAAGGGGGAUGAAUUUAUUCAUCUUAAUAAUUUAAAUGAAUUAUAUUUAGAUCACAACGCUAUAGUACAUGUUGCGAAUAAUACAUUUUCCUCUUUGAAGUCACUUUCGGUUCUUAGAAUUGACGAUAAUAAACUCGUCAACUUUUUUCCUUGGAAAUUACUGGCUUCGUCUUCCAAAAGUUUGGCUCACGUUUCUAUUGAAGGGAACCAAUAUUCAUGUGACUGUAAGAGUAUAGCUGAAUUAGAUUCGUGGCUUAGAAGAGAUCCAGGGGACCCCGAGAAAAUGUUGUGUACAGAUACAGAAGGAAAACCAACUAAAAUAACUAUUGCUUCGGUAUUGAGCCAUUGUAAAGAAUAUAUGGGAUCAAUAGGUGACCCGACUGUAUCUAGAGAUGAAAUUGUGUCAAAGUCAAUAUUUCUUCCGGAUAAUUACUUUGCAGUUAUAUGUGGCGUUAUAAUUAUCCUUGUGGUAAUCUUUUUGAUAGGUGCUAUAUUUUAUGCAUUUCGAUAUGAAAUUAGUGACUGGUUGUACACAAAAUAUGGUGUUCCCUUGUUCAAAGAACAAUCUUGUCCAAAUGUCGAUCAUGUGUUGGAAGGUAUUCCGAAUCACAUGUAUGACUACUAUGUGAUAUGCAAUACCAAAGAUACGAAUUUCGUAUAUCAUAACAUAAUGUCAGAAAUAGAGUUCAGGAAAAUGACUUCCAAAAAGUUUUCCCCUAACGAAGCCUCACUAAACAUUCUUACUUUAGACAGCUUCUCGAAAUCCUCAAAAUUAUCUAAGCGACUUAUUAUUGUUCUAACAACGAAUUUUAUUUGCAACGACCUCUGCGACAUCCAUUUCAAAAACAUAUUUUUUAGUUAUUUAAAAUCUCUGAAUCGUAGCGAUAUGAACAAAGUCAUAUUUAUCAAAGUUGUGGAGAACAACCAAAUAAGUGAUGAAUUGUGUUACGUUUUAGAUAAAUACAAGAAUGUAUCUUGGAACGAUCCGCGAUUCUGGGAGCGAUUCAUCGCUUUACUCAAUUCUACAGACACUAUUAUCACAGUAAAAGGCUCCGAGAAGAGCGUAUUCAAGAAGUCGUUACGUCAGACUCCGACAUUGAGAUACACGACAAUGCCGGUCUCAAACGAUAGUUGCUCAAAGCAGAAUUUCACAAAUUCCUUACAGUAUUGUAAGAGGAACGAUGGGGAAUCGUCUCAGAAUGAAAGUUCUCCGUCGUCGGACAACAACACGUACGGGGAAGGGAACAAUUCGAACAAUAGCUACAUGUCGAUCGACAACAGGACUUGUCCUCGGUUUAAUUAUGACCUGAGGCUGUCCCCUAGCAGUGGUCACGUAUAUUCUAGGGUAGAUGAUAUUUCGCCGACUGUUCCGCGCUCUAUAACCGGGAGUGCCUCUAAUAAGGGGCGCACGUACUUUGUUUGAACGUAAUUGUCGGUAUUUGGUUCUCCAAUAAAGUAAGUCUUUCAUUUCAUUUCCUUUGCACUAAAGCUUGCACUUUUAAAAUAUUCAUACACAUUUUGUAAUUAAUUUAUUUAUUGUAAAUACAUUGUUACUUACUGUCGUACAUUUUGUCAAUUUUCACAUACGUAAUAUAAGCAUUACGGGAGUCGAGAUGUUUUACAAGAAUACGAGUAUUUUAAUGAAACAAUAUUUGUACAAAGUUCGUGUGAAAAUGUUGAGUCUGAUUGUGGUAACAUUUUUCAAAUAUUAAAAUUAUUAUUAAUUGUAUUAACAUAGUUUAUUGGAAAUGUGGACAAGCUUCACAGAUCAGUCACUGUAACGCAACACCAAAUAGCUUAAGAUGUUUAACGUAAUUCCCAUACUCACAAUUAUAAAUAUUAAUGUGUAUGGCUGUUUACUUAUUUAUCAUUUAAAAUUGGAUGAGUUAUUAUUUUUUUUUAAUUUAUUGAAAGUAAAUCUAUAGUAAAUUGUCUUUAUUUAUUCCAAAGUAAUUGGUUUAUUAUUUGUUUCUCAUUUUGUAUUACUGAACAAAUAAAUUAUUCUGGUUCUGAAACCUUUGAGUCAAAAUCUAAUAUUUUAUCUUACUGUUAUGUUUUCGUAUCAUCAUUUUGUAUUAAAUAUUAAAAAUAUAUUAUUUGUGAUUGUACGAAAACGUAUAUAGGUAUGUUACACUUAUUAAUGUGCUUACUCAUAAUUAUUAUUGUAACGAAAAUGUAUAUAACAAUAUAUAUGUUUGCAAUGUUAUCGUUUAUUGGCUAUACUUAGAUGUAUCGCUUGAGUACCUAUUUUAAAAUAAUUAAGCUAAAUCGUGAUAUUAGAUUUAAUAAUUAUAAACUUGAAAAUAAAUGUAAUUUUUGGAUUGUAAUUAUUAGUCAUAAUGAAAAUUAUUGUUUUGUAUAAAAAUGUACAAAGAUAUCUUGAAAACGUAAUAAAUUAUACUGACGUUUUGAUACUUA